AUGGCCAUUGUCAGUGGAAAAACAGCAACAUUCAUCACAAUGACAGUGGUGAUCAUGACCAUCCAAUUUGGUAUGGGCCAAGUCGUAUCGUCCAACUGUUGUCCCACUAACGUUGAAGUUGUGUCCUCGUUUGAUGUCUCCAAAUAUUUGGGUCUUUGGUAUGAAUAUGCCAAAUAUCCUACCUAUUUCGAGGCUGAUGGUGUUUGCAUAACAGCUGAAUAUUCUCUCUUAGAUGAUGGUCUUGUGGGUGUUAAAAAUAGUCAAGUAAAUGGAACAACCGGUCAACCAGAUGUUACUCUCGGCAAUGCUACGGUGGUGUCCAAUGCAAAACUAUUGGUGAAAUUUCCCGUAAGCCCUGUAUAUACCGUAUCCAGUAAUUAUUGGGUUCUCGAUACCGAUUACACCACCUACAGUGUUGUCUACUCAUGCCAAGAACUGCCCAAUAGCCAAUCAUCAACUAUCGUUUGGAUUCUAACACGUGAACGUUUGCCUUCGGAGAAAACCAUCGAAACCGCUUUGGCCGUAUUGAAGAAAAAUGGAAUUUCUUUGGAUCCAUUGACCAUUACGAAUCAAGUUGCAUGCUGCUGA